ACAUAUACCGUAUUUUUUUGCUCCAUAAGACGCACCUGACCAUAAGACGCACCUAGGUUUUAAAGGCAGAAAACAGGAAAAAAAAAAUAUUCUGAACCAAUGGACUGCAGACAUAGUACAGGAGAUGACCAGAGACUGCGGACACAGUACAGGAGAUGGCCAGAGACUGCGGACACAGUACAGGGGAUGACCAGAGACUGCGGACACAGUACAGGGGAUGACCAGAGACUGUGGACACGGUACAGGAGAUGACCAGAGACUGCGGACACAGUACAUGAGAUGACCAGAGACUGCGG